AUGUGGUAUUUACUGUUCUUUCUGGGCAUCGUUUUUGCGAACGAAGAGGAUAAAUCCAUUGUCUCAUCUGGAGCCUUUUCAGUCGAAGGAGAAGUAAUUUUGCCAUCAGAAGCCUUGGCCUCGUCGAAGUGGCACACACAAACGAGAGUUUUGCUUAAUCAUGGGCAAUUCAUUGGCUUUGUGAAGCCUGAUGGAACAUUCAGAAUCGAUGGGAUUCCAAGUGGCAGCUUUAUAGUCCAGGUUGAAAAUGUCGACUAUGUUUUCGAACCAAUUCGCGUUGAUGUAACCGGGAAGGGUAAAAUUCGAGCUAGGAAGCUUACUAUCUUGCAGCCUAACGCUGUCAAUCAAAUCCCGUAUCCGUUAAAGAUGUCGGCUCGUGAACAAACAAGGUAUUUCCGCAAGCGUGAAGAGUGGCGAAUCACAGAUUUUGUCUUUUCCCCAACUUUCUUGAUGCUCGCUCUGCCAAUGUUAGUUGUGCUGGUUAUUCCAAAGUUAGUUGCAAACGAUCCUGAGAUGCAACGAGAAAUGGAAAGCAUGCAGAUGCCGAAAAUGGAUAUGCCAGACGUCUCUGAAAUGAUGGCAAACUUCUUUAAUGGCAAUCAAAAGCCAAAGAAGAAGGCAGAAAUAAGCCUAUCAAGUCACAAAAAGGAAUCUUUUGUUGGAGCGGUGAUUUGUUUUCCAUAUAUAUUUCGGGUAUUGAAUGUG